AAGUCAUUUGUUCCUUUCUUAGCUACGAACUGAGAUUCUAAGCUAUUUCUGACUUUGUGCUUUGUCAUCUUAUAUUUUGAAUAGAUGGGUAAAGCAAAGGGUGGAUCAAUAUUCAUACGGUUGGUCUCCGCUGCUGGCACCGGUUUUUUCUACGUGAAGCGAAAGAAUCCCCGAAAGAUGACAGAAAAGCUCGAGUUCCGCAAGUAUGAUCCACGAGUGAAUCAACACGUUCUCUUUACCGAGGCAAAGAUGAAAUGAUACCCUACUACUAAAUUGCAACGUCCACUCUUAU